AUGGCGACACCAGGUCCACUCGAGCGCGCCCACCGUGUUGCUGUAGGUGCUCUCACCCUACCCUUCAGUCUCGUCCAUCGUGCAUCAACCCAACCACUUCUUACCGGGAGUUUGUUGUUUGCUCUCACCAGGGCACCUCUUCAAUACCGAGCACGUCUCUUGAAACUAUUGGGUGACGCUGGUCUGUCCAUAGACCGUAUCCUCCUCCUCAUAAAGUCAUUGAAGUACCUCCUUGCCAUCGGCCUGGUCCGAAAGCUCAAUCAGGCACUCAACAGACUUGCCCUCAACAACUGGCAUGUCUUCACGAAGCCAGGUGCACCUUUCCAGUGGGACCAACGGACGGAGCUGGUGGUGGUCACCGGAGGAUGUUCGGGCUUUGGGUACGAGAUGGUGAAGAGCUUCUCGAAACAUGCGAGAGUCGUCGUCCUCGAUAUCUCCCCCUUUCCCGAGGAGUUGAGGAAACUUCCCGGCGUCGACUAUUACCAACUUGACGUGACCGACUUUGCCGCGAUCGAGUCAACAGCGGAGACUAUCCGCAGAGAGCAUGGAGAUCCCACCGUCCUUAUAAACAAUGCCGGCAUCGCGAACGGCACCAAAAUCAUCAACAGUGAUGCCAAAUUGACCGACAGGAUUUUCAAAGUCAACAUCGCCAGCCAUUUCAUCCUGAUCAAGGAGUUCUUACCUGGGAUGUUGAGAGCCAAGAAAGGCCAUGUCGUGACCAUUGCUUCGAUGGCCAGCUUCUACGCGACACCAGGCCUGGUGGACUAUUGCUGCACAAAGGUUGGGGCACUCUUCCUCAGUGAAGGCCUGCGAAACGAGCUUCGCACAUACUACGAGAAUGGCAAAUGCAUUCAAACCAGCUCCGUCCAUCCGUCCUGGCAUGCAACCGGCAUCGUGAAACCCGUUGCUGCCAAGUUGCAGCAGCUCGGGAUCAGGUGCGAUCCGGCAUCGAACGUGAGCGAUGCGGUCGUGGAACAGGUUUUGGCGGGCAGAAGCGGCCGAAUCUUCGUGCCGAGGACGGAGGAAAGCAGCACAUAUGUGAGAAAUUUCCCCGUGUGGUUGCAGGAUGCAGUGCUCUCUCUCCAGAGAGUGCGUAAGUUUGACGUCUCCUGGGACUGA